AUGCAGCCGCAGCCCCCCAGCCACCACAGAGCGGCGGCGCAAGAGGGGACCCGCCCCGAGCGAGCGGCGGCGCGGCUGCAGCCCCCCGGCCACCUCGAGCCGGCGGCGAUGGCCGAGGGCCCCCAGACCCCAAGCGGCAGCGGCGCGGCAAGGGCGGCACCCCUCCAACAGAGCCGGUGGCGGAGCCGCGCCCCCACCCGGGUCCGUUGGCGGGUCCAGCCGGCGGCGGAGCCGCGCCCCCACAAGGGGCCCAGAUCCGGCGAGGAGGCCGGAUACGGCCCCGGCAGCGGAGGGGAAGAGGCGAGGAUGCAGACCCCGAGCGGCAGCGGCGCGGCAAUGGCGGUCGCCCCUCCAACCGAGCCAGCGGCGAAGCCGCGCCCCCACCCGGGCGACUGCGGCUUCAGCGAGGAGGCGGCCGCCGGCGGCGGCGGAGAAACGGCGAGCACGCAGACCGGGGGAGGAGGGAGGUAG